AUGCCAUUCGUUUUGAGCUGGCUGGCGCUGCGCGAGAACCGUUCGGAACAGGCCAACCUCCUCAUCCUCUUUGAACGCUACGUGCCCAUCUGUCUGGAGGCGCUGAAAACGCGCUUCAAGAAGAUCAUCCCCAUUGUUGAGAUCGCGCAUGUACAGAUGCUGUGCUACCUCUUGGACGCCCAUCUCAUCCGGGCCAACACGCCUGCCGACAGUCCCAACGAACUCUACGAGUUGUACUUUGUUUUCUGUGCCGUCUGGGCCUUUGGCGGCGCCCUAUUCCAGGACCAGCUGAUGGACCAUCGUGUGGAGUUCUCCAAGUGGUGGAUAGCAGAGUUCAAGAACGUGAAAUUCCCCAGCAAUGGCUCUGUUUUUGACUACUUCAUUGACCCUGAGUCCAAAAAGCUUGAGCCCUGGUUGAAACGCGUUGAGGAAUUUGCUCUGGAUCAGGAUAUUCCACUUCAGGGUCUCCAAAAUCAAGGCCGUAUACAGUCCGUCUAA